CUUUUCAACCCGGCCCCCCGUCCGUGCUUUCAACCCUUCUUUUACCCUCGUCUCGCACACUGAAAUCUCCAACCCACCACAUCUCACCUCAGCUCCUACGAAAACCCACCUCGGUCUUUUUGUGCUUCCCUUUCUUUAAGCGGUCCUCGUUUCACGAACGUUAUUGCUUUGCACAACUGAAUUUUUGAGUUCGGACAUCCCCUCAAUCGACACAAUGGCCGCUACUAAGACCCUCACCCCCACUCCCGUUCCUGAGAAGCUCUCGGGUCUCUCUCUCUACUCCAGAUUCGCCUUCGCUGGUGCUGUCUGCUGUUCGGUCACCCACGGUGCCCUGACGCCCGUCGAUGUCGUCAAGACCCGUAUCCAGCUCGACCCUGCCAAGUACAACAAGGGCAUGAUCGGUGGAUUCAAACAGGUCAUCAAGGGUGAGGGCGCUGGUGCUCUCUUGACUGGUUUCGGACCAACCGCCGCUGGAUACUUCCUCCAGGGUGCCUUCAAGUUCGGAGGUUACGAGCUGUUCAAGCAGCAGAGCAUCAACCUCUUGGGUUACGAGAGCGCCAAGGAGAACCGCACUGCCGUCUACCUCGCCUCGUCCGCGCUCGCCGAGUUUUUCGCUGAUAUCGCUCUCUGCCCUCUCGAGGCCACCCGUAUCCGUCUCGUCUCCCAGCCCGAGUUCGCCUCCGGACUAGUCAGCGGAUUCGGAAAGAUCCUCAAGAACGAGGGUGUUGGAGCCUUCUACUCUGGAUUUGGACCGAUCUUGUUCAAGCAGGUUCCUUACACCAUGGCCAAGUUCGUCGUCUACGAGAAGACCUCUGAGGCGAUCUACAACGUCUUCCCCAAGGAGGACCUCUCGUCUUCCAUGCAGACUGUCGCCAACUUGGGUGCCGGUUUGAUUGCCGGUUUCGCAGCUGCCUUUGUUUCGCAGCCCGCCGACACCAUGUUGUCCAAGAUCAACAAGACCCCCGGUGCUCCCGGAGAGGGAACCACUGCCCGUCUCAUCAAGAUCGGAAAAGAGCUUGGCCUCAAGGGGUCCUACACUGGUAUCGGUGCCCGUCUCUUCAUGGUCGGUACCUUGACCGCUUUCCAGUUCGCCAUCUACACCGACAUCAAGAAGGCUCUCGGUGCCACCGGUGGUGUUGAGCUUUAAAUGCGCGAUGUGUUGGAGUGAAUGGGUGGGGAAAUGUCAAACUUCGGGCUUAAGGAGUCAUUUCUUGUAUAGCAUGUUUCUUUCUUUCUUUGUGUCCAUUUCCCUCUUUUCUUUUUCAAAAGACAUUUGUUUUUGGGUGCGAUCUUAGACAUUGGGGAUACGGGUUAAUAGAGCCAUCUUUUUUUUUGUACAGUUCGAACUCUCCUCUCAUUACGUGUGCUAUGUGGUUGUAAGAUACGGGCAUGUAGAAAUCCACUGUGUCGGAGUAAUCCGGGGCACUGCGACGCAA